GAAAAAUAACAAUGCUGGGCUACUCUAGUUCAAUUCGACCUAGAAUCUAGUGCAGAUCUAGAGUAGAUCAAAUUAAUCUACAAAUCUAGAUCUAUUAUGGCUCAUGUGGCAAGGAUUUGUUUGAGCCUCAGAUCAAAAGUCUGUCUAGCAGCAGCUUAUAACUUUAAAACUAUUUUCAAUAAACCAUCUAAAACCAACAGCUGCUUGUACAGAAUCGCCAGUGUGAAGGGAAUGAGCUCAAAUGCUAACAUGCCAUGUCAAGACAAAGGAAUUGAAUCGCUAUCAAAAAACACUCCCAUCAUAUGGAUUGAUUUAGAGAUGACUGGUUUGGAUGUUGACAAAGACAGAAUUAUAGAAAUUGCUUGUUUGGUAACAGAUGGUGACCUUCAACUUAUUGCUCAGGGUGAGGACCUUGUGAUAAACCAGAGUGAUGAAAUUUUAAACAAUAUGGGAGAAUGGUGCACCAAUCAGCAUGGACAAUCAGGAUUAACAGAGGCAGUAAGAAAAAGUCAAAUCAGUACUGCUGAAGCUGAGCGUCGCAUUCUUGAUUUCUUAAGAAAACACACAGAAGAAAGAACAUGUCCUUUGGCUGGGAACUCAGUAUACAUGGACAAACUAUUUCUAGAGAAAUAUAUGCCUUCUUUAACUCAACACUUACACUAUAGAAUUAUAGAUGUCAGCACUGUGAAAGAAAUAUGUAGACGCUGGUAUCCACAGAAUUAUGAAUCUGCUCCUACCAAAAAAUCAUCCCACAGGGCGAUGGAUGACAUUCUUGAAAGUGUUGAAGAAUUAAAAUAUUACAGAUCAACAAUUUUUAAAAGUUGAAUAAUAAUACAUCACUAUUUAGUAUUGAUUGAUCAUAAGAAACAUUGCCUAAUCUGUUUUAUUUUAGGUGAAUAGAAAAAAAAAAGUGAAAAAAAAAAUGUUUCCAUGAUGUUAGUCCUUUAUUUCAUCAAAUCUAAUUGUACACACUUGUAUACAAAACCAUUUGUUUUAGACCUUCGUAACCAUAAAAUGUUAUAUCUUUUUUAUUGUUAUCUGUAUAUUGUUAUAUUUUGUUUAUUGUUAUUGAAAACAUUUCACAUCUAUUUAAAACAUUACUAAACAUGUUUUAUUUUAAUUUGUAAAUGUUUUUUGUAAUUAUUAAAUCUAUUCAAAGAUAAUAUACAAACUU